AUGGCCACCAACAGAAAGAUUAAAAAACAAACACUUGGUUUAGGAAAAUCCUGGAAACACGUUACGGAAUCUAAACUGUCUGAUCAAGAUGCUAAAUUACUUCUCUCCGUGAAGCAACUGGUGGAGAAAACAUUAGAACAGAGCCAUGAAACACGAUUUAAAGGAGCAAAUCUGGACUCAAUGAAAAAAUACAAUUUUGACAUCAACGUACCAACUGGCGCCAUUUCUAAACUAGGCAUAAAGUUAACCCGAAAGCAAUCGGUUGAUGAGACGAGGUUAGCGAUACGGAAAAUCGACAUCCAUGACCAUUCAUUAGUGGAUUGUAAAAGACAGCAACCAAUUGUAGGCUUAUAUAAGAAUAAUAAAAAGGAUUAUUGUGAUUUGUUUGGACCUGGAUUAUGUCCGGAUUGUGUACAAGUUUCGGAUCAAGUGGAAUUUACUCAAAAACAAGAAAAGGUUUACCCUCAAAUCACUGUCAAUACUGACUAUAUGAUAGCAGGUGGGAAACUAACAAAGAAAAAGACUCAGACCACAAGUAAAGGAAUAGUUACCUCCCCUUUCAAUCGCCAAGUAGAUCUUGAAGUCCUUGAUGGUGUUGUUACAGAUGAAGCUAUUCAUCGCCGAUUGAAGGAGAAAUAUACAGCCCAGGAUCAACUGGCUGUCGAAUCAGUUUUAAAUGCAUGUGACGAUUUAAAUGAGGAUGUUGAUGAAUAA